AUGACUAUUUUUCUGCAAAUAAAUCCUCAAAAAAUUAAAGAGGAAUGGAAUGAUGAAGUUGUUAAUGAAGAAUUUGGAGAAAUUGAAGGAAGAGAAGAAGACUGGCAAUCUUCUCCCUCCAUUUUUCUUCCAAGGGUUUAUUCUAACGAUGCAAAAAUGGCAGCCAUAUUACUCUGUGAUGUUUUAGGUGUUCUUUGUAUUCUUCUAAAUUCUUUUGUAAUUAUUGCAUUAAUUCGAAAUCGUCGAAGAGUUUUAGUUAAUGUUUUUUAUGUUAUGGUACUUCAUUGUGCUAUUGUUGAUUUAAUUCGUGGAGGAUGUUUAAUUGCUUGGGGAAUGCCACAUUUAUUAAUAAAUCAAGUAACAUUAGUAAUAUUACGUUCAUGUAAUUUAUUAACAAUAUUUAAUUUACUUGUUUUUACAACAAAUGAAUUUAUUGUAAUUAAAUAUCCAUUGCAUUAUAGAAGAUAUUUUAGAAGAAGAAUUGUUUUAUUUAUUCUUGCAUUUUGUUGGCUAAUAAGUUUACUUUUUGGUAUUGGAUCUAUAUUUUCUAAUUUUUUUGAUUCUGCUCAUUCUUUAAUGGUUAGAAAAGAAAGUAUUUUACAAGAAAAAUUUGAUGAAGAGGAAAAUGAGAAAGAAUUUAUUUUAAAUAAUCAAACAAUAUCUUCCUCUUUAUUUGUUCAUCAAAAAGAUUUUACUAGAAGACAAACUGGGGGAUUGUCAAUUAAUGUUUUGAGUAUGCUAAUGAUUUUUGUACUUUGCUAUGUUUGUUUGUUUACUGUUCUUAUUUGCUACGGGAAAAUUCUCCGAACAAUCCGUCAAUUCCAAAAAUGUGGAGGUGUUGGUUCUCGACGUAUUUUAAAAAAUGUUGGAGAAAGUCGAGAGGAAGAAACUGUUGCUCUUUCUUCCAAUAAUGGUCGAAAUUUGGUACGAGGGAGUUCAAUCUACCAUAAAAGGUAA